GUAAUAAUUAUUGAUGUCGAUACCGAUGCAGACAGUAGUUUGAGAUACAACUCGUCAAGAAAAGCGCCAAGUCUUAGAAUGGGAAGCAUCGCACACUUGUUAUCACCGUCGGAUCUUGGGUUUCUCCCUCCUGGUCUUAUGUCUAAAUCACGGUUCGAUGACGGCAGCAAUCAUAUAAACAGUAUGUUCAGUCCUCGAUUAUACGAACAACCAACGGCUGAAUCGAACCAUAGAAUAACGCUAAACACCGUUAAAAUACUGUGUUUUUUCUGGGACAGUCAAAAAGGAAGCUAUGAGUCGUGUUCUAAAAAAAAUAGAACGAUUUCAGUUUUCAACAAUUCGGUUUAUAUUAAAGUUAAAAUAGAAAGAUUAAAAAAACUUGACUGA